GUUUUCAAAAAACGGCAAUUGGUGUGGCGGCGACGCACAGCUGAGAGCUUUAGUUUCGACCUGUGAUUUUUGCCCGCACAAAGAAAAACAGCAGGAGGAUGCUAAUAAAGCAUCAAGUGACAAUUAUAUAAUCCCCACGUAAAAGUCAACGGUUUCAAAGUCCUCCGUCAAACGCAUACGCCCAGUGUACUCGAAUGCUCGCAAGUAGAAAGUGUCAUAAAGUAUGCGAUUAUCCUGUAAACAAAGUGUAAAACGCGCCCUGCAACAACAACGGCUCCAAUAAACGCCGAAAAAGAAAGGCAAACAGCAAACAGCAAACAACUCCCGGAUUUUACGACUUGAGCAAUCAAUUCCGCUGGUCACUCGGGGAUUGGAGGACUCCAGGACUCUAGGACUUGCACACAGUACAGAACUAUAGAAUCGGAUCUGGGCACGUCGUAUAAUGAUUGCGCAAGUGAGAUGACGCCAUUGCCGGUGAGAACGAUACGUUAGGGGCGGCGUCGAACUAUGGGAACAGAGGCAUGGGCGUGUGCGCGGACCUUGGGUCUCAUCGAUGGUGUCGGGCAUUGAGCACCCAGCACAACACCCAGAAAUCGAAGGAGCAGCAGCAAAUCCAGCCCCCAGCCAGCGAGGAGAGUCCUGCCAGGAGUCCAGGAUCAGGAGCCAUUGACACGACAACGACGAUUCCCGCUAGUGAAACGCUGACGGCAUCGCCAGCGAAGACGGCUGCUUUCACAGUGAAAACAACGAGAAGAAGACGCCGACGAAGGGCAGGCAGCUCCACCUGCCUCCCCAUCUGCAGCCAAAGGUCAACGAUACAGGUGCUCCACUUUCUGUUGGUCUCGUUGCUGGCUCUUCUAGCGAAAAAUGCCCACGCGCACAACAUUCCAGAAGACGCCGUGCACAUCACGGCCAUUCUCGGCGAGGGCGUCAUCUUCAACUGCCAUGUGGAGUUCCCCAACGACCAUCCCGUGCCAUAUGUCCUGCAGUGGGACAAGAAGGUGAGCGAAACGGGCUCCGAUCUGCCCAUCUACAUCUGGUAUGAGAGCUAUCCGGAGCACAUUGAGGAGGGCUACAAAGGACGCGUGUCUCGCGUGUCGCAGGACUCGCCCUUCGGCUCCGCCUCGCUCAACCUGACCAACAUCCGGGAAACGGACCAAGGAUGGUACGAGUGCAAGGUCGUCUUCCUCAACCGGGACCCCAAGCAGCCUAAGAACGGUACAUGGUUCCACCUAGACGUACAUGCACCGCCGCGCUUUAGUGUUACGCCAGAGGAUAUUAUAUACGUUAAUUUAGGUGAUUCAAUUAUACUCAAUUGCCAGGCCGAUGGCACGCCCACACCGGAAAUACUCUGGUACAAGGAUGCCAAUCCCGUCGAUCCCUCGCCCACGGUGGGCAUCUUCAACGACGGCACCGAGCUGCGGAUCUCCACCAUUCGGCACGAGGACAUCGGAGAGUACACUUGCAUUGCACGCAAUGGUGAGGGGCAAGUCUCCCAUACGGCCCGUGUUAUAAUCGCGGGCGGCGCUGUAAUCAUGGAUAAGGCGGCGCCCGACAAACACACGCGCACCAAGUCCAAGUCGAAUGCCGUGAAUGAGAGGCUGACCAUACGAGUGCCCCCGACCAACCAAACGAAGAUCGAUGGCGACAAAGCAAUAUUUUCCUGCGAGGCUAAGGCCAUGCCCGGCAACGUCACGGUGCGUUGGUACCGCGAGGGAUCCCCCGUCCGGGAAGUGGCCGCCCUGGAGACCCGCGUCACCAUCCGCAAGGACGGCUCGCUCAUCAUCAACCCCAUCAAGCCGGACGACUCGGGCCAGUACCUGUGCGAGGUGACCAACGGUAUCGGAGAUCCGCAGAGCGCCUCCGCCUACCUCAGCGUCGAAUAUCCCGCCAAGGUCACCUUCACGCCCACGGUGCAAUACCUGCCGUUCCGGCUGGCCGGUGUGGUCCAGUGCUACAUCAAGUCGAGCCCCCAACUGCAGUACGUGACCUGGACGAAGGACAAGCGUCUGCUGGAGCCGUACCAAAUGAAGGACAUCGUGGUGAUGGCCAAUGGAUCGCUGUUGUUCACGCGCGUGAACGAGGAGCACCAGGGUCAGUACUCCUGCACGCCGUACAAUGCACAGGGAACGGCUGGAGCCUCCGGAAUCAUGGACGUACUCGUGCGGAAGCCGCCUGCCUUCACGGUGGAGCCGGAUACGCUGUACCAGCGCAAGGUGGGCGACAGCGUGGAGAUGCACUGCGAUGCCAUGGAGGCGGAGGGCACCGAGCGGCCCACCAUCAAGUGGCAGCGGCAGGAGGGCGAACAGCUGGCCGAGUCGCAGCGCAAUCGAAUCAAGAUCUCCGGCGGCAACAUCACCAUUGAGAAUCUGCGGAGGGAGGACUUCGGCUACUAUCAGUGUGUGGUGUCCAACGAAGUGGCCACCCUGAUGGCCGUCACCCAACUGGUGAUCGAGGGCACCCAGCCGCAUGCCCCCUACAACAUCACGGGCAAGGCCACCGAGUCCUCGAUAACGCUGCAAUGGCUGCCAGGAUACAGCGGUGGUUCGGAGUACAAGCAGGACUACACGAUCUGGUUCCGGGAGGCGGGCGUCAACGACUGGCAGACGAUCUCCGUGACGCCCUCGGGCAGCACACAGGUGACCAUCAAUGGACUGGCCUCCGGAACCACCUACGAGUUCCAGGUGGUGGGACGCAAUGUCCUGGGCGACGGGAUGAUGAGCAAAGUGAUGACUGUGCGCACACUGGAAGACGCUCCGGCAGCGCCACGUAAUGUCAAGGCUGCAACACAACCGCCCGACUCAUUCUUUCAGCUAAUGCCAGACGAAGCUGGUCCCAAGCCCGGACCUCCCAGAAAUGUCUCCGUGACGGAGGUGUCGAACGGAUUCCUCAUCACGUGGCAAUCUCCGCUGGAGCGGGCGCACAUCGUCAAGUUCUACACCAUCAAGUACCGGACAGAUGCGCAGUGGAAGACUUUGAACCGGGGACAAAUCCGGCCGGAGGAGACGCAGUAUCUGGUGAAGAACCUGGUGGGCGGAAGGACGUACUACUUCCGGGUGCUGGCCAACUCGGAGAAGUCGUACGAGUCCAGCGACGAAGUGAAGUUCCCUGUGCCGGCACGUGUCAAGCACAAGGCGAUUACCGCCGGCGUCGUUGGGGGCAUCCUGUUUUUUAUUGUUGCGAUCAUUUUAUCGGUUUGUGCCGUAAAAAUUUGCAAUAAACGUAAACGACGAAAACAGGAAAAAGAGUUCAACAUGGUAGCUUGCAGGAUAACGGACGCUCGUAACAUUGCCGCCAAUAAUCAUCAUUUGCACAAUCGCAGUACGGGCUCAAUUUCCUCUGGUCAAGUGCCUUUAAAAAAGUACAAACAAACCCGAAUAUCAAGUCUAACCGCCAUCCUCAUUGCCAUUCUCCACUGGAUUUGGCCGCCCGAUCGCUGCACCAACUGCCACUCCAUCUACAGUUCCCCAAACCUCGAGGAUGGCGAUGAGGAGGGCGGGGGCGCAGGACGAAGGCGUUCCGUAAGCCGCAUUCAACGAAGCCUCGACGGACGCUUUGUGUUGGAUGUCGAGGGGGUGUCGAAACUGGGGUACUCCCAGCAAACCCUGGAAUCGGCCAAUGUGGAUGUGGUGGACGGUGGUCUCUUCGAGCGGCGGAACAGCAACGUGUCCCAGAAAUCCUCCAGCGAUGAUGGCGGAUUUCUGUCGCGUCGUAACUUCAUCACGGCUCGUGCUUCGUGGCGUCGUCCCUUGGUGGCCUCCUCCAGUCAGCUGAGUCUCCAGUCGGCGGCAGAUUCAGCCAGGGGAUUUCUGCAGGGUCUUCUGAAGAUCGGGGGCAAGCAGCAGCCCGCCAAUCAACAGUCGUAUUUCGAUGAGGCUGUGAGUGGAGCCCGCUAUCAGAAUGUCCUGCGACCUUACACCAGCAACAACAACUUGUAUGGCCAUGCGGACAGAAGCAGACCGCUGCACAUAAACACCAUCAGUGGCAGUCUCAGCCAGCAGCAGCAGCUCUAUACACCCUCCAGGAUCUCCAGGAUAUUCUCCAGCUCACCGCAGCAGUUGCAGCAACAUCACCAGCAAUUGCUACUCACCAGCGGUGGCAGUGGCGCCUAUCCCACGCAUUUCAGCGACCUGAGCACCGUGUAUCCCCCUAAUUCGGCUGAACGUUCGUCGCACAAUCUGAGUAGCAGGUAUAGAUACUACUCCCAGGAGCUGCCUUCGUUGAGGACCAUUCAAGAGGAAACCCGGCGACAGCAGCAGCAGCAGCAGAAGCAGCAUCCGCUGGAAGAUCACUUUGUGCCGCUCCAGCUGCCAUCGCCUCCUUCCUGGAGAAGCUACUACCAGUCGCAGGCCAGCUAUCGUCCCCGAACUCGCUGGUAUCCCCGUCACCAUUCAAGGCUCUUUGGCAACCGGCAGCAGCAACACGAGAUGCUUUCCCCUUUGCCGCAACUGAAUCUCAACCUGCGCAACUCCAUGAAUCCUGGCGGCUUAGAGGCCUCCCCCGAAUCGCGAUCGAGUUCGAGUGGUUUUGGUUCGAAGAACACCUCUAAUCACCCGGGAAGUACGAGUGAAUGGAGGCUACUGCCGCCAUAUAGAGCACCUCCUUCGCCGCCAAAGCAUUUGGGCUACUUUGGAGGGCAACAGGCGCAGGGGCAAACGCCGCAUGGCAGUUACUCGUAUCCCAGGGCCACCACGCCGCCAUACACGAUGGCCCAUUGGCUGGAGAUGAUCUCAAGACUGAAUGCGGCCACGGACAGCAAUCUGCCCAAGUCCUGUCCCGUGGAUGUGGGCAGUGUGGAUGGGCACUACGAAUUCGAUCCGGCCACGCCCACGCCCAGUGCAUCCAGCAUGCUGCGCGAAGAUCUCAAUCUGCACAUAGAUACGCAUCCCUAUCACCACCAUACGCUGGGUCCUUUGAGUGGGAGUCUGCUGCACAGCCACGCCCCCUAUGGAGGAGGCAGUAGGAAGCCACGAUCUCUACCAGUUCACCUGCCUCGCUACGACAACGUUGAGGUCAGACUUCAAGCCAUGAGGGAGGAGUUCUAUGCCUACCGCAAACGCCAAGCGAUGCACCAAAUGGAGAGUGUUUGCUGAGCCAAUGAAGCAUUUAAUUGAGCCACACCCACACAUAAGCCCACGCCCACAAAGAGCUAGAUUCAUAGAUAGACACACUCGUACAUAUACCGACAAAGUUGGACAGCAGCGGAUCCGAGGCAAUCAGACGCGAUAUGAUAUGGGAACAGGCCCCCCAAUUCAGAGAUGAACUUUAAAAGUUUGGCCCCCUGCAAACUCACACUCAGAAAAACAAAAUAAGAAAAGAGAACACUUAGAAGCCAGAAACAAUUAGUAGGUUUAAACGAGAUGAAAGCUGUGUAAAUAUAUUUGGGGCGAGAGGAGAGGGCCCGGAAGUUUAAGUAUAAUAUUUAACAACUAUAGCAAUUAUAGCAACAUAUUAUUACAAAAAUCGAUAAACGUAAAAUUGACAUUUAAAAGCAAGUAAAUGAAGCAAACAUUGUUUGGCGACAUAUGCAAAGAACAAAUUACAAUUACAAUUAUUAUUAUUUACGAGUAUAUUAGAUAUUGAUACUAAACAUAACACAGAUCGAGAUAUGUUAAACAUUGAGCAUUAAACAUUAAUUAACAAUCCACAAGCGUAAGCCUAAAUUAUGUUACAUUACAACUAAACUAAAUUAAUACGGAAUAUACUAGCUGUUAAGCAUUUAGUUGUUAACAACUAGAGCAGAGAUUAACGAAGAGGCGACGACGUGAAAUAAAAGCGCUAAAAAGUAAUUAAAACGACAUAUAGAGAAAUUGUUUCAUAAUUAAAUUAUUUAACGACAAGAAACCUACAAAGCAAAAUAAAAGCGAAAGCGAAAUAAAAAACAAAAAAAGUUUAACGAAAAUUUAAUGAAAUAUAACUGCUGCAUAUAUGUUUACUGUUGACCUACACACGAUAAUUAACUUGAACAAAUAUUUAUUAACCCCAAACGUAAGAAACGAAACACAAACAAAAAUCAAAUGAAAGAAAAGUAAAACCAAAAACGAAGCUAAUGGGAAACCCUAUUCUUCCUGGUUUAACUCACAGCCCAAGACUACGUCGAUGAAAAGCUAGGAAUGUAGAGCAGAAAAUAGGUCCCCAAAUCCAAUCCGAGAUCCCAACAGUUUCCUAGACUCCCCAGAGCGAUGGUAUUUGGUCUUAGGUUAAAGGUUAAAGGUCAGUUGUGUAAAAGACAGCUCCCCGGAUGCAGCUUAGUUGGACGAGGCGUUUCUGUUUUUUAAGUAAUUGCUAACGAUAAACGAUAAUUGAUUAACGAUAAACAUGUCUAAAGAUCAAAUUGUACGGAAUGAUAGUUUGACACAACUUGACGCCAAAACACUGCCAGAGCGAGAGAUGCGAAAAGACCUCGAGUGUGUAUAACGUAUGUAAAUUACAGAGCAUAUACAAACAUAAUAUUUUAAUGAUAACGAUAAUAACGAUUACGACAACACUAUUCAGGGGACGGU